AUGCCCUUCUCCAGCACAGUCAGGGCGGCGGCAGACGAAGAAAACUUCGACUAUUUGUUCAAGAUCAUCCUCAUUGGGGAUUCCAAUGUGGGGAAGACGUGUGUGGUACAGCACUUCAAGUCCGGGGUCUACACGGAGACACAGCAGAAUACAAUCGGGGUGGACUUCACCGUGCGCUCCCUGGAGGUCGACGGCAAGAUGGUCAAGAUGCAGGUGUGGGACACGGCCGGCCAGGAGCGCUUCCGGACCAUCACCCAGAGCUACUACCGCAGUGCCCACGCCGCCAUCAUCGCCUACGACCUCACACGGCGCUCCACGUUCGAGUCUAUCCCGCACUGGAUCCAUGAGAUUGAGAAGUAUGGCGCGGCCAACCUGGUUAUUAUGCUGAUCGGAAAUAAGGCUGACCUGUGGGACCAGCGGAGUGUCUUGUUUGAGGACGCCUGUACACUAGCCGAGAAGCAUGGGCUCCUAGCGGUGCUGGAGACGUCAGCCAAGCAGUCCCGGAACAUAGAUGAGGUCUUCCUGCUCAUGGCCAAAGAGCUCAUCGCCCGCAACAGUCUGCACCUGUGUGCGGAAGGCGCCCUCAGCAGCCUGCCCCUGGAUUCCAGCCCCGUCCUCCUGGCCCAGGGUUCCAGCGGGAGGACCCACUGCACCUGCUGA